ACAAGUUUACCCCAUAGCAAAAUCAUGGCUCUUUCUUAUCAUUUUUACAAAUGCUUAAACACAGCAUGUCAAAAAUAAAGAGCUAAUGUUCCAAACUCUAACUAUAUUGUAAAGCCUCUACUUCUGUAAAAACAGCAGCUUAAAAGAGCUGAUAAUAAUUAUUUUAAUUACUGAUAAUUAAGAGAUAGCUGAUUCCAAUCUUAUUGAUUAAUUCCAAGUAAUGGAUUACAUGGAUUUGAACACUUUCUGGACUGGUUUUUGUUCAAAACAAUACAGAACAACAGAAAAACUGAAAAAGAAAGAAGAUGUCGGGACGAGGAAGAGUUGGACGAGGGAGAGGACAAGGUAGACGAGGGAGAGGAGAAGGUGGACGAGGGAGAGGAGAAGCUGGACUAGGGAGAGGAGAAGGUGGACGAGGGAGAGGAGAAGGUGGACGAGGGAGAGGAGAAGCUGGACUAGGGAGAGGGCAAGGUGGACUAGGGAGAGGAGAAGCUGGACCGGGACAAGGUAGAAGAGGUAGGGGUAGAGUAAGAGCUGUAAGAGUAAGAGCUGUUGUUACAGAUGAAAUAAGAGCCACUAUUAUUGACCACGUGAUAAACCAUGGUCUGUCAUUGAGAGAGGCAGGUGAAAGAGUCCAGCCCAAUCUUAGACGGUCAACUGUGGCAUCCAUUAUCCGAAUUUUUCAACAAACCAACAGAACACAACGACUUCCUUGCUCUGGGGGAAGAAGAAAACUGCUCACUGAGGACCAAGAGCAUGCUAUUGUAGGAAUGUGGAAAGCAUCAGCCUGGCUACCAUCACUCGAACUCUGAACAAACACAGAAUUCGAAUGAAACAGCUGUACAAAGUGCCCUUUGAAAGAAACA